CCCAUUGGUAAGCGGGCCUUCUUUUUCUGGGUGGCGCAGAACCUGUCGCAACAAUGCAAGCAGCCAUCAGGGCGUCGCGGCCCGUCAACUUGUGGGGUCUGCAGCUGGCCUUUCGUGUGCCCUGGGUUAGGCAGCUCUCCAGCUCAGAAGGGUUUGUGCAGCCUGGUGCUGAACCUGACCAGUCAGACGCGGGCACUCAUACACAAGCAACAGAGAAGCAGGAUGCGCUUCACAAAGCUUUGCAGCAGCAGUUGGAGGAGAUGAAGAAGGGCGGGACUUUCAAGAGUGAGCGAGUUAUCACGACCCCCCAGUCUGCGUCCAUACACGUCGCCGGUGGUUCCUUCGCUGUCCUGAACUUCUGUGCAAACAACUACCUGGGUCUCAGCAACCACCCCACUCUAGUUGCGGCCGCCAAGAAAGCGCUUGACACGCACGGUUUUGGCUUGUCUUCUGUGCGCUUCAUCUGUGGAACGCAGGACUUGCAUAAGGAACUGGAGGCGAAGUUGUCGGAAUUUCAUGGGACUGAUGACACAAUUCUGUACCCCAGCUGCUUCGACGCGAACGGGGGCCUCUUUGAGGCGAUCCUGACGUCAGAGGAUGCUGUCAUUAGCGACGAGCUCAACCAUGCGAGCAUCAUCGACGGCAUCAGGCUCUGUAAAGCCCAACGACGGAGGUACAAACACGUCGACAUGGCCGACCUCGAAACGCACCUGCGAGAAACACAAAAUGCGCGCGUGCGGCUGAUCGCGACCGACGGCGUCUUCAGCAUGGAUGGCCACGUGGCGCCACUAGACGAGAUCGUGGGCCUCGCCCAGAAGCACGACGCGGUCACUUUCGUGGACGACUGCCACGCGACAGGGUUCCUAGGGGCGACGGGGCGGGGGACGGAUGAGUACUGCGGAGUGCAGGGCAAGGUCGAUAUCAUCAACUCGACGCUCGGCAAGGCGCUCGGGGGCGCGACCGGGGGGUACACUACGGGGCGGAAAGACGUUGUCGACAUUCUCCGUCAAAAAGCGCGGCCGUACUUAUUCUCCAACACGCUCGCUCCGUCGGUGGCUGCCGCCAGCAUUGCAGCGAUGGACCUUCUUAUAAGCAGCACCGAACUUCGGGACAAACUCGCGGACAACACCGCGUACUUCCGGAAAAAGAUGGCGGCGGCGGGGUUCAAGCUGCAAAAAGGCGACCACCCAAUCGUGCCCAUUAUGUUGGGGGACGCCCGACUGGCCCACGACAUGGCCGAAAAGUUGCUCGAGAAGGGAAUCUACGUAAUAGGUUUUAGUUAUCCGGUUGUGCCAAAAGGCGCCGCUCGCAUCAGAGUACAGCUCUCGGCCGGUCACUCUAGAGAACAACUAGACAGAGCGAUCGCAGCAUUUCAAGCUGUUGGCAAGUCUUUGGGUGUAAUCGAUUGACAGCGGUACACAUGCAGGACACCUCGUUGUAAAGUGCACCACUGGACUGCUUUCAUCCAGGUUAUCCGAUUACACGACAGGCUCGCCAUGAAAUCGGCCCUAUGUAGAUAGACUGUCACUAGUAGCUGAUCAACAGCUUUCCUUAGGCGCAGCACUCGUACAUUACGAAUUGUAUCAAGAUCUCAAACAGUGCUCUUAGAGCUCUACCAAACCAGAAUCCAGGCGGUAUCAGUACGUUCCAU